AUGGUAUCCUUCAAAUCCGCCGCCCUCCUCUUCCUCGCCGCAACCCCAGCGAGCGCCAAGCUCUGGGGAUGGCCCGAGUCCUGGAUCAUGAAGGCAGAAACGACAAAGUCGCUCUGGGGCGACCCGGUGUGGCAGGUCUGCGACGGCUUCUCACCCUGCAACGACAAGUGCACGGGCGUAGAGGAGUUCACCUCGAACGGGUUCCGGGACAUGCGCAACUUUUCGUGGGCGAUACUGAAGCGGAAGAAGUCGGCUUGGAUCGAUAUGUGGCAGGUCAACUCUGUCACUUACCAUCUGUACGAGAGCGGGAAGGGCGAGAAUGGGCCGCAGGGGCAGUGCGAGAUUGCGGACGCCGUGUGGUGGCAGAGGAAGUGUGGGAGUAAGAAGAUCACAAUCAAGAUGAGGUGCUGGCAGUGGUAG